AUGCUGGAAUCGACAAUACUCAGCAAUGCACGUUGCCACCGCGUCAAUCAAUUGCUAGAGAAGUUCGAAAGAAAACGUCCACAAAUGGAGCCCUUUACUGACGGUGUCCUGGUUCACAACCUCUCGUCUCGUCGCCUCACACAGCAGCAGCUGGAGGUUUUAUCGUAUGACGCUAAGUUCAACACAAAAGAUGCUCGGCCGGAAGAUUUCAUCGCAUACUUCGAGUCGGCCCUUCAGAAGUGUGAAGCCAACGAGGAGUAA